UACUUUCGCAGCAGAAAUCUGACCUCCAUUGCCAAGUGUCGCAGACAAACUGGCCUCUUCUCGUGCCACUUUGUCAUCAUCCCCAACCACCCUGUUCUUCUUCUCUGCACCAGCAUUCUUUUGUGAUUGGGACAAAGCAUUUAGACAUACAACUGGCUUGCUUCCUCGCACUGAAGUUGAUUUCUCAUCCACAAAUGAAUCAUCAAGGGAGGAAUAUCUACCUUUGUGGUCAACCAGAAGAAUUCCCAUCGGCAUCAACCAUUGCUUCUGCUCCCACAUUUGACUUCCUUCAAGUGCCUCAUGCUCCACUGGUUCAAUUCCAAUUCAAUCCUCUGCACGGGGUGACUGGGCAUGCACAAAUCAAUUUUAUGGAUCUGCAGAAAUGGCAUUUGCAAUGUUUCUGGCAGCAACAAAUGCAAGAAGUAGAAAACCUUGCAGAUUAUAAACAGCACCAGCUCCCACUUGCUAGGAUUAAACGUAUAAUGAAAAUGGAAGGAGAUGCAAAGAUGGUGAGUGCGGACACUCCGAUAUUCUUUGCAAAAGCGUGUGAGCUUUUCAUCUCGGAGCUCGCGGUGCGAUCAUGGCUGCAUGCAGAGCAGUGCAAGAGGCACACCAUCCGGAGAACGGAUGUUGCAGGAGCCAUUUGCCAUUCAAAUGUUCUCAACUUCUUGUUAGAAAUUCUUCAUGCAGAAGAACUACAGGUAUACAUGAGACAGCCACCAUUUUUGCGGCAGCAAAUGAUGCCCCAGCAACAAUCUUACCCUAACUCUAACAAUUUCUUGUAUGAGCCCCCUCCUCCACUGUGAGAAAUAUGGACAUGCAUGAAAAAUAUUGGCAGAUUUGAAUUAAGCAAUCAAUGACUCUUGUGGCAGAAAGGCAAGAGAAGUGUCAUCAUAUUCCUCUUGUAUCCCCUAAAAAUGAUCUCAAGCUUUACAAAUAGGCAUUGCUAAAUGAAAAGAGAAUUCACAAGAAGCGUAUCA